AUGUCGGUGCGCCAGGGCCAGCGGCCGGCGCGGCCCGCGACCAGCCUCCCCUGGGUGCUGUGCUGCAGCGCCCUGCUCGUCCCCGCCGCGGGCUACGUGAUCGUGAGCUCUUUGUCCUGGGCCGUCCCCACCGAGGUGGACGAGGAGCUGGACCGCGCCUCCACCGAGGAGGCGAUGCCCGCGCACCUGGAGGACUCCGGCAGCUUCUGGCAACGGAGGUUCCCGGCCUCGACCUCGGCGCACAAGAAGGACCCGCACCUGCCGCCCGCCGCGGGCACCGCCCGCACGCAGCCGCCUGCCGCGCCGCCUGGGAUGUUCUCGUACCCGCACGAGAGCGGCUCGAGGCUGCGCCCCGGCACCGCCCGCUUCCUGGCCCAUGCCAGCACCUGGGGCUGUUUGGCCACCGUGUCCGCGCAGGAGAAGAUCGCAGGACUGCCAUUUGGGAACUGCGUGCCCAUCAGUGAUGGUCCCUUGGACAACAGCACUGGGAUUCCUUACUUCUAUGUGACACCCAAGGACUCCAUGGUGGCCGACCUGAUGAAGAACCCCGUGGCCUCACUCCUGCUGCCAGAAUCGGAAGGAGAGUUCUGCAGAAAAAAUGUCGUUGAACCAGAAGACCCUCGAUGUGCCCGGCUGACACUAACUGGCCAGAUGAUUGCAGUGUCUUCAGAAGAAGUAGAAUUUGCCAAACAAGCCAUGUUUUCAAGACACCCAGUUAUGAAGAAGUGGCCCCGUCAGUAUGCAUGGUUCUUUAUGAAAAUGAGAAUAGAGCACAUCUGGUUUCAGAAGUGGUACGGAGGAAUAUCGGGCAUUUCGAGGGAGGACUAUUUCAAAGCAGUUCCGAGAAAGGCCUGA